AAUGCAACUCCCGACCGCUGGCCAUCACAGUAUACACUACACUAUUAUCGGAUGAUACACAGAGAUCCACAGUCACCCACGGCAAGACCCUCGAUUUCGUCGCUUCGACAAAGUAUUCCUCCAGAGGCAGGUACCUUUCGGUCCAAUAUGCUGACGGUUGGCGGCAUCGUAUAAUAACAAAGAGCUUCUGCCCGACCAGACUUUCAUGAAUGCCGUGGAAACAUAAAGAUUGACGCCUGUCCCCUUUGUCCCGUGUGGCUUUCCUUUUGGUGAUUCUUUGGGCCAAGGGCUGGAAUCUCUAUGUACCUCUUAGGGUGUAGACAUCCCAUCACACCUUUUCUUUCUCUCGGGUUUCUCGACUGAUGGGCAAGCACAAGACUAGGCCUUUUUCUUGGGCCACUCCCACUUUCUCCCUUCCACCACCUCACUCCUUCGAGGCCGCAUUCGCCGGUCGCCCAUAUUGUAUUGUUCAUUAUGAAUCUAGACACGGCAUGGAUCCGGGGUCGCCAUUCCGGUCUUCUUUCUUUGGGUGCCGGCCCUCGACUGUUAUUAAUAUUUGCCCUGUACUCCCUCUCAUACCAGUUCACUUGAUGCUCCCUUCCUUUCCUAUUGCACUUUUCCUCCCCAUAUGACCGUUUCGCAACAACAGCGAUCCUGUUCAUCCGGAGAACCUCGGCAUUCACUUGGGAAGUCGGACAGAAGUCACAAGCCGAGAGACCCUGCCAGCACCUGCCCAGUGUCAUCAGCCAAUUACCACAUCAAACUCAAGUUUACUAAACCGCGGCAGCAUCAGUAACUCAAGCAUCAACUCCCAUAAUCACGCACAACGCACGAAUACGUUACGCGGCAGUGUCAGAAAGGUUCUUCGACGUCAGCCCAAGAUGAAACAGCCCCCGAUCGAGGAACUUGUCUAUGGGUACAUGUUCCCAAAGGCCCGACCAUCGGAUCCCCCGAACUUUUCCGUCUUUCUCCAGAGGCAUCUGAUUUAUGAGGUUCGACAAGAAGUACACUCGUAUUACGGUCAUAUCGACACCCAAGAAGCGAAGUAUCCCGGCCUGGAUUACAACCACCCUAUUCACCGCAUUCGCCUAAGCCGCUGGACAUGGCACCGUCGGCUCUUCCGCGCCUUCGAUGCCCUCCGUUUGACCGAAUGGGAAAUCGCCAAUCUGACAAAGUGGGAGGGCACAAGAUGGGCCAAGGAAAAGUACGAAGAGGAGCAGGGGGUUACCAUCCGGGACACUACGGCCGACGGAUUCCCUGACUUGACCUAUCCUCGGGACAGGGUCGGGAUUGAGCCUGAGUCUAGCUCUGAGCUCUGUAGGGCAGCUGCGCCGGAGGCUGUGAACGAAGACGAAGACGAAAUCAUGAACGAGGACGGGGGCGAGGCCAUGAGUGACGAGGGCGGCAUUGACUCAGCGCUGACCGUACCUCAGGCAUUCUCAGGGCACCAAAGCAUCGUCUCGAAUAACGUUCUUGCUGCACCAUCGGACGAGGAGUGGCUGAAAAUUGCUAUCGAAACUGGUCAACUACCACGCCACUCCGAUACCACAAAUAGCGAGCUUUCUGCGCCCCGUAUUCUUGCCGCUGCUCGUGAAGGUCGAUGGCAUGAGGUUCCGACUAUUUAUCGAGAUGUCCUACAGUCACGGAUGGGGACACAUUUCGGGCCUCUUUUCGGCAACCCUCAGCUACGGACAAGGCACUUUCAGUAUGAUACAACAGCGGAGCCAGCCAGGCGCACGACCUCAGAGCUUCGUCUGGCUACUGCAACCAACUUUUCUCAGCGAGUUGCGCGACCCGGUGCCUGAUUGCCCAGUCACAACUUGCAACCGGCAAGGGUGUAACUUCAUCUGUGAGGGGGUACUACGUAAUUUGAGUCUAUUCAGUCUGGUAACGAGGUGGAAAUACUCGGCGUCUGUCGCUUUGGCUUUUUAUUGUUGGUUUGUCUUGCUAGCAUGGCGUCAAGUGGGUCUUUGGUUUUGGUGUUUGUUUACUCCUUUCACCCUAUUAUACGAUUGGUGGUGCAAUAUCAGGAGUCUUCAAAACCCCGGAAAAUGGAUUGCGGGGUGACAAACUUGGUUGGAGGUCGUAGUGAGUUGGGUGGCAUGUCAGAUUUAACAUCGUAUACUUGUCAGCAACACCAACAUGGACAAUUGUGGAGAAUUUGCAUUGCAGUUUGUUUACCCUGAAUAUGAGACUGAGAAGCACUCAAGAAGAGGUUGCUUUGAAUGUCUUUCAAGCCUCGGCUGUCGAAAAGACGGCAGUGGGAUAUCCGUCAGGAUUUUUGGCAGGAUAGUCCAGGUAGGUAGAAUACGAAUAUGUAAAUGAUGGCUUCCCCUUUUUCCAGUCAGUCCCGUAACUUGAGAAGGAG